AUGCUUUUAUUAAAAUAUAACUCAUUACCCUCUGACGAGUUAAUAACAUGCGAAAGUACAAUGUUGAAAUUUUUGGACAAUAAAUUGUCUUUUGACACUGGAAUGUACUUUAAUGUAUGGCGUUGGUCAAUACCAGAAUUGUAUGGUAUAUUGUUGGGUAUGAUGGUGAGAUUGGAUUUGAGUGGUUGUUUACAAAUACAAGAGUCUGAAAUGUUGGAUUUUAUUAUUGAUGUUGAAAAGGGUUACUUUACCACCGACUAUCAUUCAUUCUAUCAUGCAGUGGAUGUUGUGGCUGUGUUAUACUACAUGUUGAAUGAUUUAGGUGCUGCAAAAUAUUUGACUUCCUUGGAUUCAAUUUGUUUGAUGAUAGCUGGUUUGUGUCAUGAUGUAGGUCAUCCUGGUUUAAAUAAUGUUUACCAGGUUAAUGCAAGAACACCUUUGGCACUCAAAUAUAAAAACGAAUCUGUAUUAGAAAACUAUUCUUGCACAUUGACAAUGGAAUUAUUGUCAAAACAUAAAUUAUUUCAAAUGGAUAAUAAUAGUAGUAGCAGCGGCAUUGACAGCAGAUGUUGUUAUUCGUCGAGUUCCUCCACUUUCACCUCACCCGAAUCUUCUCCAACAUCUACUACAUCGCCUUCAAGACUAUUUCCAACAACACCAACACUGUUGGAUAAAGAUCGACGUUUGAUUUUAUUAAAGGUUUUACUUCAUGCUGCUGAUCUGAGCAAUACUGUACGUCCAUGGGAAAUAUCUAAAUGUUGGUCUGAUUGUGUUGUUGAGGAAUUUUUUAAACAAGGUGACUUGGAAAAACUAAAAAAUCUGCCUGUAUCUCCAAAUAUGGACAGAGAACAAACUCAUCAGUCACAAAUAAGCCUCGGUUUUGGUGAUUAUGUUGUAAAACCAUAUUUCGAAGCAUUUGCUUUAUUCCUAAAUCAAGCUAAAAUUUUUCUAGACACUUUGGCAGAAAAUCGUGUCUGUUGGGAUGAAAUGAAUAAUAACCAAAACAAGGCCAAUUAUGUCGAUAAUGUUAAUGAGAAUGAUCCACAAUUAAGUCAACAACGUCGUGUAAGUUUGGCUGCUGGUCUACUUAUUAUACCAGAUGACAUCCAGGAAAAAUUAUGUCGAAUGUCAACCCCGCAUACUUCUUAUGUGACAAAAAAUCGUCAUAAUCUUCAUGAUAAUAAUGUUAUUAACAAUAAUAGUGGAAAUAUGAGACGUACCUUGUCUGGUAGAUCUUAUAGUAGUAAUGCGUUAUUAAUGUCAACAUCGACGCCUUCAUCAUUAUCGUCUAACAUUACUGGUAGUAUUAGUAAUAUGAAUAAUACCGGUUGUGUUAACGAUUAUGGUUGUUGUGAUCUUGACGAUGAUCUUGUUGAUAAAAGCAAAAAAUCUAAUGUUCGUCGAAAAUAG